AUGGAAAAUAGACUAGGGCACUCUAAUGGAGUGGGAAUUUCAAAGAAAUCAAGGUCGUUGGAUCUGAAGACGCUGUAUAAGUCUAGCAUUUCCAAGGAUUCUGUGAAUAAGAGCUUUAAAAGGAAAAAUAGGUCUGGGAAUGAUAGUGAUCAGUUGAAGCAGGAUAAGAAGAGCAGGAAAGUUGUUUCUUUGAGUAGCUUUAAGAAAGCUGAUAGCGAAAACGAUGAUAUCCUGGAUAAGGCAUGCAAUGGCAACGCAAUUUUGCACAACUUGGAGGACUCCAAGGUGGUUUUGGAUGAGAAACUGUGUGAUAGUAGUGGACUUCAAGGGAUUUCAGUCGGUUUGGCAGGUAGUAUGAUCUAUGUUCCUAGACGUAGGAGAGAUUUUGUUGGGAGGAGUAGGUUUGAGAAUGGCCUUGUACAGAAGUCUGCAGGGGAAUCUGAUAGUCAAGACGAGCUGAUUGAUAAGAUCCCUAACGAUACUGGUGAAGAAUCUAGUGCUCUUGAUCAGCUCUCUAAAGCCGAAGAGAAGAAUUCUGACAAGGAAAUCAAAGAAUCUGAUUCAGCAGCUCAGCUGCAGUUGGAAAAUGGCCAUGCUAAUCCGUCUCCAGUGAAAGAUGACCAACUGGUUUUCAAGAAUCCGCAUUCUAAUAGCAGAAAAAGGAAGUCCUCCGCAUCAAUCAGACGCGUGGGAAAAGAGACCAAGUCGUCAGGUGAUACUAUAAUAGCCAAGGUAUCACGAGAAGAUGAUGAGGAGAAUCUUGAAGCUAAUGCUGCAAGAAUGCUGUCUUCGCGGUUUGAUCCAAACUGCACCCAGUUUCCUUCAAGUCCUGUUACCCCUGCUUCACCAUCUGCCAGUAGAUUGCAUCCUUUAUCUUCAGGAAAGAAUUCAGUUAAUCCUCGGUCUGAGUUGCUUGGUACCAAAUCUGUCUCAGACGACACUGAUGAUAGAACGCUGCGACCAAGGAGAAAGCGUGAUGGGAAGGGUAAAGUUCGGAAAAGGCGCCACUUUUAUGAUAUAUUAUUUUCAGAUGUAGAUUCACAGUGGCUGGUAAACAAAAAGAUAAAAGUUUUGUGGCCUUUGGAUGAGAAAUGGUAUAUUGGGUUUGUGGAUGGUUAUGAUGGAGACAAGAAUCUGCAUCAUAUAAAAUAUGAUGAUAGGGAUGAAGAGUGGAUCAACUUACAGGGCGAGAGAUUCAAAAUUCUGUUGUUCCCUACUGAAGUUCCUGGGAAAAAUCAACGGAAAAGGCGUAAUUCAGGCUCCAAAUCUACUCCGAAAAUAAAAGGGAGUGAUACAUCCAUCAAAGACGAAGAGAAGCAGAAGGGAAAGCUAGAAAAUGAUAGCGUGGAUGACAUGGAAUCAGAACCAAUCAUCAAAUGGUUGGCUCGGUCUAUCCAUCGUGACAAAUCUUCCACUCUUAAGGCUGUACAAAAACGGAAAAAGUCAGAAACAGUGACAUCUAAUGAAACUGUGAAAAUGAAUGGGGAUGUUGUUAGAGACACUGCAGGACAGUACACAGAUAGAUCUGCUAGUUCUCUUCCAUCAUGUGGAUUACCUGGACCGAGUGGGAAUGAGUCCUUGUUGGAAAGCUCGGGCAAGGGUAGUAUAUAUCCUAUAGUCUAUUAUAGGAGACGACUUCAUACAGCAAAAAAAGGAAUCUACAAGGGGUCAAGUGACAGUAAUAUUGAAGUUCUGAAGCAGCUUCAUGUGUCAAAAAGUCCGGAUCCUGAGGUAGAGUUUUUGCCUUUUGAAGGUUCUGAGCUUCUGGAGCUUUAUUGUCCGUGGAAUCACACAGAGAAAUUCGAGUUGUCCCUAAGCCUACCUGUUGUUUCUUUGAUGAACUACUUCCUUAUGGCGGAUGUUGAUCGGUUUACACGCGUUGCUUUCUUGCUUCAUCAUGGUACACUUGUGACUUUGUGGCCAAGGGUUUGUUUGGAAAUGAUUUUCCUGAAUCACCAAGAUGGGUUAAGGUAUCUGAUAUUUGAAGGCUGUUUAAUGGACGUUGUUCAGUUGGUUUUCCGUAUCUUGACGGUAGUAGAUCAUUCGAAUAAGCAAGGAGUACAAGGAGCGCAGGGAUCUGAUGCCGACUUGCAGUUGCCAGUUUUCUCAAUUUGUCUCCAAGUUUCUCGCAUCACAGGAUUUCAAAGGCAGUUUGCAUUUCAAUUCUCCAGUUUCCAUGAAGUGAGACAUUCAAAGUGGACAUACUUGGAACAGAGUGUCAGGAGGCAUUCUAUGCUGGUUAAGCAACUAUCAACUUCAGAGUGUACGCACGAUAACAUGAAGUCCCUGCAAAAGGUUAUGCAGAAGAGAUCUAGGAAUGGAAUCAGCUCAGGAAUUUUUCCUAGAGGAUCGUCAUCCUUUAAAACCUGGCCCACAUCUGUUUGCUACAAGAAGCAAAAUACGUUUCAACCUCCUUCACUAUUACUUAGUUUACACCUGAAGAUGGUAAGAGAGCCGGGUCAUGAUUCAUCCGAAUACCAGGGAACUGAACGGGACAUGGUAAUAGACGAGGGUUGUGAUAUUGCUGAUUGCACAAAUGAACAUUCUGAACCUUCUUUCAAGAGUAAGGGCCAAAAUGAUGGACCAAGUAUCACUUCUUCCAGAGGGCAAGAAGAGCAAGAGUCAAAAGAUCUUCAUACGCCUACGCCGUCUCAGCGGCAGCAGCUGGGGUCUAAUUCUGAAAACGGGAUGUCAUUCAGUCCUUCUGUUGUCAGACAUAAGCAUGAAACCAGGUCUAAUAUUGCGAUGAAUGGCAGUAGCAUUCAAGUUUCCGUAUCUGAUCAUUCUGAGGAUGGUGCUCCACAGUCGAGUAGUAUGGCCUUGAACAUUCAAGGUAGCAUCUCAAGUCCCAAGGCCACUGCCCCAAGAAGUAUGUCGCAACAAAAUAAGAGUUCUUUAACUGGCCAUCUGCCACAUGGUUGGUCGGAUUCAAAGGGAGACUUUCUGCACACUAAUUUGGGAAAUGGACCUAAGAAGCGACGUACCCAAGUGUCUUAUUCAUUGCCUUCUGGUGGUUCUGAUUCGAAAAACAAAGGGUCCCUACACAAGGGGCUUCCGAACAAAAGGAUUAGAAGGUCUGCUGCUGAUGUUUCCAAAGGUCUUCAGAAAGAUUUGGAGUCUAGUUUCUGUGAUGCCAAUGUGCUAGUCACUCUUGGUGAUAGAGGCUGGAGAGAAUAUGGUGCUCAAGUUGUCCUGGAACCUUUUGAUAACAAUGAAUGGAAACUCUCGGUAAAAAUCUCAGGGACAACAAAAUACUCACACAGGGCACAUCAGUUUCUGCAACCUGGGUCGACAAAUAGGUUUACACAUGCUAUGAUGUGGAAAGGUGGAAAAGAUUGGACCUUAGAGUUUCCUGAUAGGGGACAAUGGUCUCUUUUCAAAGAGAUGCAUGAAGAGUGCUACGAUAGAAAUACUCGGGCUGCUUUAGUUAGAAAUAUUCCUAUUCCUGGCAUCCGCUUGAUAGAAAAAGACAAUUUCGACGAAACGGAAACUGAGUUUAUCCGCAGUUCUUCUAAAUAUUUUCGGCAGACUGAAACUGACGUCGAGAUGGCAUUGGAUCCUUCACGUGUUAUGUAUGACAUGGACAGCGAUGAUGAGCAGUACCUUUUGAGACUUCGUGAAUGUUCGGAUGCUGAGAAUAGUUGCUCUUGGGAGAUGACUGAGGACAUGUUUGAGAAAGCGAUGGACAUGUUUGAGAAGGCUUCAUAUGUAAAGCAGCGUGAUCACUUUACAAUAAUCGAAAUUCAAGAACUGACAGCCGGAGUUGGAUCCUUAACAGCAAUGGAAAAGAUAUAUGAGCAUUGGAGAACAAAGAGGCAGAGUAAGGGAAUGCCAUUAAUCAGGCAUCUUCAGCCACCUUUGUGGGAAAAAUAUCAACGAGAGGUCAAAGACUGGGAGUUGGUUAUGAACAAAGCAAACACUUCAAUAUCCUGUGGGUCACAGAAGAAUCAGUCACUUAUUGAGAAGCCAGCGAUGUUUGCUUUCUGUUUUAAGCCUCGAGGUUUGGAAGUCAAGCACAGGGGAACAAAGCACAAGUCACAGAAGAAACUCUCGGUUUAUACUCAGCAUAGUACUGCUUUGGGAGAUUAUCAUGUCUACAAUUCAUCUGGAAGAAGAUCUGUUGGUUUUGCCUCUGGAGAUGAGAGGUUUUUAUAUUCAAACCACAACUAUGAGCACUUGGACGAAUAUCCUAUGCAUCCGGGAUAUCCUGGAACAUAUUCCCCACGUGAAGGAUAUUUCUCGACCGGUGGAAAUGGAUAUCACAGGAAUCACCAACACAAGUUUCAAAAGAUCAACGGGAAGAGGAAUACGAGCGAACGUUGGAAUGCAGGCUAUUCUGAAUACCCCAGUCCCAAUCUUCUUUGUCACUCCAACAAAUCUCAGCGUCUUGAUCUGGAAGAGUUACGCAAUAGUAAAGAUAUUGAUGAGUACAAAUUGCGAGACGCAGCUGGUGCUGCAAGGCGUGCAUGCGCUUUGGCCAAGCUGAAGCGAGAAAGAGCUGAGAUUUUGAGGUACAAAGCAGAUCUGGCGAUCCAGAAAGCUGCAGCUGCUCUCAUGUGUGCAGAGGCUAUUAGAGCUUCUUCUUCAGUGGACCAAAGCAGCAGCGGUUUCGAAAGCUCAAGCGAAGGAUGA